AGAGGGGGGGGGGGGAGGUGGCCGGGGCCGCCCCCCGGGGCCGCCCCGUCCCGUCCCGUCCCGUGGGGGUCCCGUCGGGGCCGUUCCCGGGGGGGGUGGGGGGUGAUGGAGGGGCUGAACGCCCGCAUCCAGGCCCUGGAGAGGCGGCUGGAGAGGGCCGAGGAGGCGCUGAGGGAUGGGGGAGCCGGGGGGCUGCGGCUGCCCUCGGUGCCGGUGACGUUCGAGGACGUGGCGGUGCAGUUCAGCCACCAGGAGUGGGCCCUCCUGGACCACGGGCAGAAGGAGCUGUACCGGAGCGUGAUGCGGGGCAGCUACGAGAUGCUGGUGUCCCUGUACUGCGACCUCGCCAAACCCGAGCUCUUGUCUCGGAUUGAGAAGGAAGAAGAGCCGUGCGUGUCCCCGGAGCCGCAGCGGGACGGAGAGGCGGUGCCCCCAGAGCCAGCCGCAGAACCCGGCUCUCCCGGCUCCGUGAGCGAUGGAGCUGUGCAGGAGGAGGCGAAGGAGUCCCGCGAGGGCAGCAGGAGCCCAGUGGCCACCCCGGACCGCAGCACACCUCGUGUCCUUCAUGAAGCUGUUGGCACCCCAAUGGAGCUCAGCUCGCCGGGCCCCUCUGCGCCCUGCCCCAUCUCCACGUGCUGCCGUGACGUGGUGAACCUGAGGCCGCCUCCAUCUCCCCCCCCUGCGGCAGCAGGUGCUGAUGUGGGGAUCCCGACAGAGAUCCCGCGGGAGGAGGUUGCUGCGGAGGAGCUGGCGGUGCCCGAACGGCCGCUGGAGGGGCUGCAGAAGGAGGAGCUGAAGGACGCGGCGAGCGGUGGCCAGGACCUGGUGGCAGCUGUGCCCAAGGAGCUGGACAGGGAGCCGAUCCCGGGUCUCUGCCGAGCAGCGGCGUGCACGGAUCGCAGCCACCCGGUCGCCUUGCCCAGAAAAACUGGUGGUGGAGAGCGCCUGCAAGGGCAGGACGGCGAGCUGCCAGCGCAGCUCCUCCCGGCAGAAGUUCUACAGGUGCGUCGUGUGCGGGAAGAAUUUCCUGCUCAAAAUCAACCUCAUCAUCCACCAGCGGAGCCACAGCAACUGGGUGCCCUACGUCUGCGUCGACUGCAACCAGGCCUUCAUGUCCAAGAAGAAAAUCAGGCGGCACCUACGGAUCCGGGCGGCCACGGGGUUCUGCCCCCCCUCCGACGCCAAGGAGCGCGCCGGCAAACCCCCCUGCCCGGCCGCCCAGCCCCGUGCCCAGGGCAGCGGCGCCGCGGCGGCGGCGCAGUGGGAGAAGCCCAGCCCCAACCGGUGCCCGCUGUCGCCCCAGAAAAUCAUGUACACGUGCAGCGAGUGCAUGGAGAACUUCUCCAGCCAGAACUUCCUGAUGCUGCACCAGGGGAUGCACGCCGACCUGCACCACUUCACCCUCUGCGCCUGCUGCAACAGGAGCUUUGUCUGGGCCUCCGAGCUGUUCCCCCAGGCCGAGCGGCCCUACUGGUGCGGGGAGUGCCAGAAAGCCUUCAAGCAGCACGAGCACCUAGCCGGGCACCAAAAAACCCACUCCAGGAGGGAGAGCCCCUACGAGUGCAGGAACAAGCUGCCUCUGCCCGUGGCACCUAUUUAGGCACGGGGGGUGUGAAGGAGGAGACGUAGCGGGAGGGAAGGGUCAGAGCUGGACUCGAUGAGCCUCGUGGGUCCCUUCCAGCUCGGGUUAUGAGCACGGGGGUCGUUUCCAAGGGUGGAGGGCUGCUGCUGUCCCCUCUCUCCCCCCUCUCCUUGGCCACGAGCCCUGGGCAACCUGGCUGCAGCUCGCCCUGCCCAGCACGCCUGUACCCGGCGGCUCUUUGUGCCCGAGGAGCCUCUGCCGGGGGGCGAGGACCUGGUUUAGGUGAAGGACUCCUCUGGCUGGAGGUGUGGGUAGAUGGCAAACGUGGAAAUGUUUGCUCUGACAGCUGAACGUGGCUCUGUCGUGCUGCUAUCAGCCCCCGUGGGACCGCAGCAUCCCCGUGGUGCUGCUCUGCCAGGCUGGGGUCAGGUCCCAGCACGGGUGGGCAGCCGGGGGGGGCUGCAAGCACUGGUGCGGGGUCUUUCCCCCAUUUCUGGAAGUCACCGAAGGGAGUAAGAGGACAUUGGACCCGAUGAUCUUCCGAGGUCCCUUCCAAUCCCUACAGUUCUGUGAUUUUGGAGCCGAAGAGCUGGAUGGGAUGCUGAUGGGGAAAUAAUUUUUUGGGGAAAAGUGUGAAAGCGGCGGGAGCGGCCAGGUCGGGUUCUGGCGGAUGAAAUGUGCAGAGGGGGCUCCCGCAGUGCCAGCGGGGUCUCCGCCGUGACUUUCCCUGUGUGCCUUCAUCCUGCGGGCCGUGGCCCCACGGUUCCUCACCCCCCACGGCGUGGGGCAGCGGUGGGGCUGGAAUAAAGAGCAGGAGCCACUCGG